ACGACAGAUCAGACGGUCCUGGGCUCUGGUUGGGAAACGGUGUGGUCGGUUUAGAAAUCAUUUAUCGUUAGGCCUCUUAUAGCUAUACUUCAACAUGAAAUUGUUGUUAAUCACCUGCUCCUGGCCGUGUUUGCUGUUCGUUCUGGCCAACAGCACGGCGGAUGACAACCAAGUUGUACCCGAACGGCGUCAAAGUUUGGCGGAUUCCAUCCGCUUUCUGGACGUCACCAGGGGCGUGUUGCGCAAAGUCGGACAAGUUGGCUGGCUGUCGAAACUUCCGUAUCGGGAAUGGAUCCUGCAAAAGCUGGACACGGUCCACCUGUACGUUUCGGCCGGGCAAACGCUGGCCGAGAAAUUGGAUCCGGAUUUGCUGGAGGCUCUGGCCGGAUUGGCUGCUGGAAACGGGAGAUCGGAAGCGAGGAUGAGCUCGUUCGACGACUACGUGAUUAGUUGGCGCCGGAAGCCAGCGGAAAUUCCGGCCUACGUCCGCAAAAGUAAGACCAAGUUGAGCGACGACGAGGAAGAGCUGGAUGAGGAUUACUCCGCCAGUCAAGACCGAGGCUAUUACAAAAGUGGCGGCAGCUACGGUGGAGGAGGAAAAGGAGGCUAUGGUGGAGGCAGCAGCUAUGGGAGCGGAGGGGGAAGUUACGGGGGUUAUGGUGGUGGUGGUGGAGACUACGGUUAUGGAGGUGGAGGCCAUGGAGGAAGUUACGGGGACCACGGCGGAGGCUACUACGGAAGCGGAGGAAACUACGGAAGCGGAGGGAGCUACGGAAGCGGAGGGAGCUACGGCGGAGGUGGCGGAAGCUAUGGGGGAGGUGGCGGACACGGGGGAGGCAGCUACGGCGGACACGGCGGAGGCAGCUACGGCGGAGGCGGAGGAAGUUAUGGAAUGGAUUCGUCUGGCAAGGCCUUUUCCAUAUUGGGUGGACUUUCUUUCCUGACUUUCCUGGGCGUGUUGCUGUACCAACUGGCGACGCAGAGCGCCGCCACAGGUCGCGUUAUGGACGCCGACGCUCCCCUUUUCAUGUCCGAUUUUCACAGCAUCGACCGUCUGCUGAUGGACAAUCCGCUACUCCUCACCAGAGACCUGAACGAACCCCCCGCCAUGGCCACCGCCGAGGAGGAAAGUCUGGACAUUCUCGACCAAAUGGCCGGCGUCUUCAACGGUUUGUGGCGGGCCCACCGCCAAGGCAAGUCCGUCCGACGACCGGGAUCCUCGCGUCGCUGCACCCAGCGACGCAUCUGCGAGACUUUGACGGCCAAUCAGCACGUCAUCUACGAUCCCCUCGUUCAAACUGCCACGAUUGGCAUGGCUUAUUGGCUAGGCGAUUCCGAUUCGGCCCACACUGUGGACCGGGUGAUGCAGGAAACGCUGGGCAUCAAAUCGAGUAAUAACGGGCCGCCAUUUCAAGAUUUGUGCUCGACGAUCGUUCCCAAAUGUUUGCUGGGCGAAAGCCUCCGGUCGUCUUCAUCCUCCUCCUCCCAGCAGCAGAGAAGAUUGAACCCCGUUGGUGAUGAUGACGCCGCCGUCUCUGCUACUCGGAAUGAAAUCACAUGGUCAUAAAAAGCGGAUGACAA